CAAAGAGUUCCACACGUCCAGGAAGUGGAGAUAAUUUCAUCAGCAGUGGGACAGGGGUUUCUGGAAGUGGCUAGACUGGCUUGAUUCGUUUGGAAGAAGCAAGAGUCUCUGUUAAGAAUAACGACUAAAAAAUUGGAGUGUCAAAAUGACCAGACGAAAACCUGGAAAACGAUGGAGAAGGACUGGUAAUGAAGAAGACCCAAAUAAACGACCAAGAAGGAUUGCACAAUUGUCAUCCCUACCUGAAGCCACCAAUGUUCAUGUGGAGACUGAUCAGCAAUAUUUAGGAUGUAGCACCUGGGGAACACGGCAGGAGGUUGGGGUGCCUCCUGGAGGAGCCCAGAACGAACAAGUCCAACCUCCGGUUGUACAUGCAGGAUCUACCCCACUCACUCUGGAACAUCAAACCUCUCACCACCUGCCAGCACAAGGGAGCAUGGCACAAGAGAGUAUGUCAACUGUUUACUCUUUUGAAGACUAUGAAGAAUCAUCUUCCAGAUCAGCCUUCAGAGAUCCCCCUGAUGGCCUAACAACUGAACUACAAGGCAGUGUUGAGUAUGAUCCAUCUCAAUCAUUUGAGGAAGCUCUCCCUGAUGUGGGGGUUUGGACGUAUGAUGAUGGACAUAUGUUCAGAGAGGGAUUUGAAGAGGAUUUGAGUGAGGAGUGUGCAGAAGAGUCAAAUUUCAAGGACACAACAGACAAGCCAUUAUAUGACAAUGCAUCAAUAACUGUGUCAGAGUGCCUUUUGAUCAUCAUGGCUUAUGUAAACUGUCAUAAAGUAACUGAUAAGGCCCUUAGUGAUUUGCUUAAAAUGCUCAAGUUGCUUUGUCCCGACAGUCUGAACACAAACUGCUUAAACAGUAUACAGAAGUUCAAAGACUUCUUUUUCUCCCGUUCUGCAUCAUCCCCUAUUGUAUUGCAUAAAUAUUGCAGUAAUUGUUUUGGGUCAUUAGAAAGUGCACAAUUGGAAUGUCUGUCUUGUGGAGCUACUAUGUCAGAAGAAAAAUCCUCAUCCUUCAUAGAGAUUCCAAUUGAGGCUCAAAUAAGAUCAUUGUUUCUCAAGCCAGGUUUUCAGGAGAAGCUUAACUUUAGAUUUAGCAGGAAGAAAACGGAUCCCAACAAUGUUGAAGAUAUAUAUGAUGCAGAAGUUUACAAACAGCUUGUAGAUGGGGGUGGUCCUCUUAGUGACCCUAAAAACAUCUCACUUACUUGGAACACAGAUGGGGUACCUAUUUUUAAAUCGUCAAAGUUUUCAGUGUGGCCCUUUUAUUGUGUCAUUAAUGAAUUGAACGUCAUGGAACGCACAAAAAGAGAGAAUAUGAUAUUUGCUGGACUUUGGUAUGGGGAUGCAAAACCAUCCAUGGUUACAUUUCUUAGACCACUAAGUGACACACUGAGUAAACUAGCAGACAACGGAAUUCUUGUGCAACCUGCAGGGUUGACAUCUGAACCUUUUCUGUGUAAAGUGCUCACCAUUGCUGGAACAUGUGACUUGCCUGCUAAGGCAUUAGUCCUUAAUUCAGUGCAAUACAAUGGUAAAUUUGGAUGUCAUAAAUGUGAGCAGCCAGGAGAGACUGUGAGGACGGGGGAAAGGGGACAUGUCCAUGCAUUUCCAUACCAACAUGGGGAUCCAAAAGGGCCACUGCGCACAAAUGAAAAGUUUGCUUUUGAUAUGAAAAUCGCAAAUGAGACCAAAACCACUGUUAAAGGGGUUAAGGGUCCCUGUUGGCUUAGCAAACUUAAGGGUUAUAACCUUAUCAAAGGCACUGGCAUAGAUUACAUGCACUCAGUCCUUCUUGGAGUAAUGCGUCUUUUGAUGGUUAUGUGGUUUUCUACAGAGUUUUCUCGUCAGCCCUUCAGCAUGGCAAAAAAUGCCAAAGAAAUUGACAGGCGAUUUCAGGGUAUCUCUCCUCCAUCCUCAAUUAGAUAUCCUCGAUCAGUGGCAUCGCACAGAAUGUUUUUUAAAGCAUCAGAAUAUCAGGAUCUUUUGAUCUUUUAUGGACCUGUUGUUUUCCGUGGAAUUCUUGCAACACUGUACUACAAUCACUUCCUUCUACUAAGUGAAGCUAUUUUCAUUUUAUUGAUGGAAUCCAUAUCAUUUGAACAGAUUGAUCAUGCAGAGAAACUACUGUGGAACUUUUGUUCUCAAAUGGCUGAUCUCUAUGGUGUGCGGUACCAAACAGCAAAUGUACACCUUCUCGUGCACCUAGCAGACAGUGUCAGGGCCCUUGGUCCAUUAUGGACUCAUUCUUGUUUCCAUUUUGAAGACAAGAAUGGAUAUUUGUUAAGGCUGAUACAUGGCACUCAAAAUAUACCAAUGCAGAUGGUCCAUGCAGUCAAACUUGUGCAGUCUAUUCCUGUUAUUUCACAAACCAUAAAGCCAGGGAAUGCCAUAGCUGAAUUUUACACACGGAUGACUAAAGAUAAUAGUUUUUGUCAGGAAAAUAAUGAUUUGUCAAGGGCUAAAGUAUAUGGAGCAUCUAGUGAACUUCAACUGGACACAGUUCACAUCUCUUCAUUGGAAAGACAGACUGGUCACUGUAUCAAUUCUAAAACGGUAAAGGUCUUUCACAGGGCACAAGUUAAGAGAAAUUAUCUCACAUCAAAACACUAUGGCAAAGGCAAUAGAAGAAACAAUUUUACAGUUGUUUUUUCUGGUGAAGGUCAAACUAAGUAUGGACAGAUUGAGUUCUUCUUCACCUCAGAACAUUCAUGUGCCAAAUGGGCCCUUGUUCAUGAAUUCAAAUGUGCAGGUUUUUCCUUGCUGCAAGAUGAUGUAACAAAUGGUACAUGCAGUCAUGUUGUUCCCCUAUUGGAAACCUCUGCCAAUACAGUAGUUUCCUUGGAUCAUAUAUUGGGUAAAGUUGUUUUCCUUGACUUGGCAUCUAUGCCUGGCAUUGUGUUCGCAGCUCAUUUUCCAAAUACGCUUGAAAAGUUUUAACCCAUUAAGACCUGAACUAGUCUAAGAACCCACAAAUCGAUUUAUCAUUGGAAUAACAUGCUCCCAUCUGACCGCUUGCCGUGAAUGCUUUGUAGAAGUACAAGGCAUCUUUAGAAUUUAUCGUAAACCUAUAUUUGAUGCAACAAAGGGCCUGUAUAGUGUAUGGUGGCAAGAUGAACUGCCUUUACUGUAUUUUCAGGGUGAAUCACUUGAUUAUUUAAAAAGUGUGCACUAUUAUUUUAAGAGUGUAUUAUUAUGUCUAAGACUCUUUUGACGCUCCAUACACAAUAGAGCUUUGCUAUUAAUUCUGUUAAAAUGUUGACAUCUUGACAGUUUACACAUUAUAAAAAGUAUCCAAAAGGUGUUGUUUGAAGUCAAAAGUGUAAUUAAUGAAUUAUAUGACUUGAGUGAAAAUUGAACA